ACCGUUGCUCCGCGCCACAAAGCCUUCGGGUCAGAUAAAACACACGGCGCACAACCAUGGAAGUUGAAGUGAAGCUACGGUUACCAGACUCAGCCUCUCACCAAAGACUCUCCAACAUACUCUCACCGUUCCACAUCAAAACCCACCUCCAAGAAAACGUCUUCUUCGACGGCAUUAACUCCGAGCUCUCUUCAAACCUAGCCGUGCUACGUCUCCGAUUCUACGACCUUGACACCCACUGCAUCGUCUCUCUAAAGGCCAAACCAAUAAUCACCGACGGGAUUAGCCGGAUCGAGGAAGAUGAAGAGCCCAUCGACGCCGCCAUCGCCCGAGCCUGUGUGGCGGAGCCCUGGCAGCUAUCGUCGAUUAAUUUGUCGAGAAUACUCAAGCGAGUGAGAGAAGAGUUCGGUGUUAUAGAAAAUGGGUUGGUGUGUUUGGGAGGGUUUAGGAAUGUGAGGGCAGUGUAUGAUUGGAAUGGGUUGAAAUUGGAGCUCGAUGAGACCCAUUAUGAAUUUGGGACAAGUUAUGAGAUAGAAUGUGAGAGUUCGGAGCCUGAUAGAGCUAAGAAAUUGAUUGAGGAGUUUUUGAAGGAUAAUGGGAUCGGGUAUUCAUAUUCGGAGAGUUCCAAGUUCGCCGUUUUCCGGGCGGGAAAGCUGCCUCAGUAAAGUUAUAAUGACAAGUUUGUCACUUUUUUAUCAGAUUAAUUAAUUAAUUAUUUAAUAAAUCACUAAAUUGUGAUUUAGACUCUCACUUUUUUUGAAAUUGAAUGAUUGU